CUGAUGAACAUCUUCGGCCACUGCGUCGUCAUCGCCAUAGUGGACUACCAGUCGCUGCUGGCGAUGGCCCUCGCGCUGUGCGCCAUCUUCUGCGUCGCCAGAGUGUACGGCGCGGCCUCCAGGGCCGCCAAGAGCCUCGAGAGCAAACGGAGGAUUCGGCUGUACGCCCACGUGGCCGACUCACUGAACGGCCUGGUCACCAUCAGGGCUCUGGGCAAGACGGAGGAGGCGCUGCACCAGUUCCACACCCGCCAGGACGACUACAUGUGUUCGAAAGCCGUGUCUGCCGAAAUAAGCAGCGAAGCCAACCUGUGGAUCGACAGCACGGUCGCUUUCUUCGCACUGUUGACUGUAAUAAUAAUCAUCAUGUUCGGAGAAAGUGUGGGCGUGACGGCCGGGGGCGUGGGCAUCGCGCUGACGCACCUGCUGGGGCUCUCCAGCAUCGUGUCCCAGCUGCUGCAGGAGGCGGCCAGGCUCCAGCAGCACCUGGCGGCCGUCCAGAGCGCCGUCGCCUUCGCCGCCGUCCCCCCGGAGGCCGACUGCGCCACCGGCGAGAAGUACGUACAGAAGCAGUGGUCGCUGAGUGGGUCCAUAGAAUUCCAGCAGGUUUCCCUCAAGUAUGAGAGAGGUCCGCUGGCCCUGAAGGACGUCAGCUUGCGGAUAAUGGAUGGCGAGAAGGUGGCGGUGGUGGGCCGGACGGGCGCCGGCAAGUCUUCGCUGGGGGCGGCGCUGCUGCGGCUGGCUCCGCCCACCUCGGGCCGCGCCCUGCUGGGCGGCGUCGACGUCUGCGCUCUGCCGCUGGCCGCGCUGCGGCGCUGGGUCUGCCUGGUGCCGCAGCAGCCGGCGCUGUUCACGGGGACCCUGAGGAGCAACCUGGACCCCGCCGGGGAGGCGGGAGACGCCGCCGUCUGGCGGGCGUUGGAGCACGUGGAGCUCAGCGGUCUGGUCGCUGGGACCGGUCUGGAGACUCCAGUGGGCGCUGGAGGCAGCGGCUGGAGCGCUGGACAGCGGCAGCUCAUCUGCCUGGCCAGGGCGGCCCUGAGGAACGCCAAGGUGCUGAUCAUGGACGAGGCGACCGCCAACAUCGACCACGAGACGGAUUUGAUAAUCCAGAGGACGUGGCGGAAGCUCUUCGCCAGAUGCACCGUCAUCAUCAUCGCCCACAGAAUCCACACCGUCAUGGACUGCGACAAGGUGCUCGUCAUGAAUAAUGGAAAGGUUGAGCAAUUCGGCCACCCGUACCAGCUGCUGAGGGAGCCCGGCGGCGCUCUGCACCGGCUGGCAGCGGAGGCCGGCGAAGACGUCCUCCAGAGUUUCCUGGAGCGCGCGAGGCAGACGUACCAGCGGAACGGCGCCACAAACGACGGGAACGAAAGGCCUGCGUAGUCCGUCGACUGACUGAUUACCAAAUGGAGCUGCAAACGCAGCAUAUUUCUGGAGUGGCUUACUACAAGGGCUUACCGAAAGGCCAACAGGUGGAUAGAUGGUGAAGCCGCGAACAUAACACGAGGCCAAAUCUGACGACAGAACAUCUAGAUGAUAAGAUUAUUUUCUACCUGCAACUUCUCAAGCGGCAUUACAUAUAAGUUAGCUGACGUCUUGUCGAUGCUUGGUUGUUUGUCCAUUGCAAUCUUAAAUUACACACAAAAAGAAUGCAACCUGUCAAUAGAAUAAGAAACAGAUCCAGCUUGUUUACAUGUUUCUAAAAGAAUAAAUAUAGAAAGCCACAU